GCGGCGGCGGCGGUGUCUCCAGAGCCGGAAGGUAAACGACCUCAGCUGCCCGCGGCCCGACACCUCCUGGGUUAUGUCGGCCCAGGGUGACUGCGAGUUCCUGGUGCAGCGAGCCCGGGAGCUGGUGCAGCAGGACUUAUGGGCAGCCAAGGCUUGGCUGAUCACAGCCCGCAGCCUCUACCCCGCCGACUUUAACAUCCAGUAUGAGAUGUACACCAUCGAGCGGAAUGCCGAGAGGACCGCCACCGCCGGGAGACUGCUGUACGACAUGUUUGUGAAUUUCCCAGAUCAGCCGGUGGUGUGGAGAGAAAUCAGCAUUAUUACAUCAGCAUUAAGGAACGAUUCACAGGAUAAACAAACCCAAUUUUUAAGAAGUUUAUUUGAAACUCUCCCUGGUCGGGUCCAGUGCGAAAUGUUACUAAAGGUUACAGAACAAUGCUUCAACACGUUGGAACGAUCAGAAAUGUUGCUUCUACUUUUGAGACGCUUCCCUGAAACAGUGGUGCAGCAUGGGGUUGGCCUUGGGGAAGCAUUAUUAGAGGCUGAAACUAUUGAAGAACAAGAAUCUCCUGUUAACUGCUUUAGAAAAUUAUUUGUUUGUGAUGUCCUUCCUCUAAUAAUUAACAACCAUGAUGUCCGAUUGCCUGCCAAUUUAUUAUAUAAGUACUUGAACAAAGCAGCUGAAUUUUAUAUCAAUUAUGUCACUAGGUCUACUCAAAUAGAGAGUCAGCAUCAAGGUACCCAAGAAGCAUCUGAUUUAAUGUCACCUAGCAAACGGAGCUCUCAGAAGUACAUAAUAGAAGGACUGACUGAAAAAUCGUCCCAGAUUGUGGACCCUUGGGAGAGGUUGUUUAAGAUUUUAAAUGUUGUUGGAAUGAGAUGUGAAUGGCAGAUGGAUAAAGGAAGACGAAACUAUGGUGAUAUUUUGCAUAGAAUGAAGGAUCUCUGCAGAUACAUGAACAACUUUGAUAAUGAAGCUCAUGCAAAAUAUAAAAACCAAGUGGUUUAUUCAACUAUGUUGGUCUUCUUUAAGAAUGCAUUCCAGUAUGUCAACAGCAUACAACCAUCUCUAUUCCAAGGUCCUAAUGCCCCAAGCCAAGUUCCACUGGUUCUUCUUGAGGAUGUAUCAAAUGUGUAUGGUGAUGUAGAAAUUGACCGUAACAAACAUAUACAUAAAAAGAGGAAACUAGCUGAGGGAAGAGAAAAAACCAUGCAGAGUUCAGACGACGAAGACUGUUCAGCAAAAGGAAGGAAUCGUCACAUCGUAGUCAAUAAAGCAGAGCUUGCUAACUCCAUUGAAGUGCUCGAGAGCUUUAAGCUAGCCAGGGAGAGCUGGGAGUUGCUCUACUCCCUGGAAUUCCUUGACAAGGAAUUUACAAGAAUUUGUUUGGCCUGGAAGACAGAUACUUGGCUUUGGUUAAGAAUCUUCCUCACUGAUAUGAUCAUCUAUCAGGGUCAAUAUAAAAAAGCAAUAGCCAGCCUGCAUCAUCUAGCAGCUCUCCAGGGGUCGCUUCCUCAGCCGCAGAUCACAGGACAGGGGACCCUGGAGCAUCAGAGGGCACUCAUCCAGCUAGCGACCUGCCACUUUUCUCUAGGGGAGUACAGAAUGACAUGUGAAAAAGUCCUUGAUUUGAUGUGCUACAUGGUACUCCCCAUUCAAGAUGGAGGCAAAUCACAGGAGGAACCCUCAAAAAUAAAGCCCAAAUUUAGAAAAGGUUCAGAUCUGAAGUUGCUGCCUUGUACCAGCAAGGCUAUCAUGCCAUUCUGCCUGCAUCUAAUGCUGGCUUGCUUUAAGCUCCGAGCUUUCGCGGACAGCAGGGAUGACAUGGCGCUGGGCCACGUGAUUGUCUUGCUUCAGCAAGAGUGGCCACGGGGAGAGAAUCUUUUCUUGAAAGCUGUCAGUAAGAUUUGCCAACAAGGAAAUUUCCAAUACGAGAAUUUUUUCAACUAUGUUACAAAUAUCGAUAUGCUGGAGGAAUUUGCCUACUUAAGAACUCAGGAAGGUGGGAAAAUUCAUCUGGAAUUACUGCCCAAUCAAGGAAUGCUGAUCAAGCCUUCUAGCCCUCCCAUGGGGUUACUGCAGCAGGAAUUCUUACCUGUGCUUCAGCCCAGCAUACAGACUGCUGACAGGCACCACACGGUCACUCGGGGCAUCACCAAGGGCGUGAAGGAGGACUUCCGCCUGGCCAUGGAGCGCCAGGUGUCCCGCUGUGGCGAGAACUUGAUGGUUGUGCUGCACAGGUUCUGCAUCAAUGAGAAGAUCUUGCUCCUUCAGACUCUGGCCUGACCGGAGCCCUUUCCGCCAGAGGAAAGGCAGCUCCGAGCCGUGGCAUUUUUUGUGAAGACAUAAAGCAUUAUUCAUAAAUGUUGCCAUUACAACUCUUAGAAAGAAGAAAACCUUCUGAAUUCCAGCUCCUUGGUUGCUUAAAAGUAGUUCCCAAGAGUCUGAGACGCUAUUUCUAUUUUUCAGAGUCAUUUUUUGUAAUUUUUGUAAAACAAAAGAACCUCUUUUGUAAAUAAAAAUCAUCCUAAGUUUGGGGCUUUUAAAAAU